GGCUGCACCCGGGCAGUCUAAGGUCUGCCAACCGGAAAAGUUUAUCGGAGCCAUAACAGAGAGCUCUCUCAUGCCAUAAAAUGAGCCCAACCUACUUUUAAAAGCCCAAAUAGAAGUGGCCUCCAAUUGUUCUCAAGGGGGGGAAGAACAGACGCCGGAACAUGCGUGGCUGCUGUUAACCUUCGCAAGCCCGGACAAGCGUCGGUAUCUCUGCCCAUCACCAUCACCACCACCUCCUCCACCCUAGCGAGACCCCUUAGUUGAUUUCAUGGAGACAGCAGGCCUCCUGUCUUCUCGCCUGCGGAGAAGCACCGGCUGGGAUUCCGUCAUGUCCUGUAUCACCCAAAUAUGGCAAGCUGAAGUGCCAGAAUCUCCUCCCAUGAGCCCCGUCAGUCCUAUCCCAGCUGCACCGGAUGAAAUACCGAUCCCGCUCAGCCCCAUUGUGAUCACCUCCCCUGCGGAAGGCAGGCCCAGGGUGUGUUCCCCGAUACGCUCUCCCGUGGAUGGGAAACUGAGGCUCGGCUCCCCGACUGACAAGCCCACCUCCCCGAUCGAGUGCUCCAUCUGCUUCAACACUUAUGACAACCUCUUCAAGACUCCCAAGGUCCUUGAAUGUCAACAUACCUUCUGCUUGGAGUGCCUGGCCCGCUUGGCUGCCGCUCUCCCUGCGAACCGGGUCGAAGAUCAGCUGCCGUGCCCUUUCUGCAGGCAGCUCACCGAAAUCCCCCUGGAAGGGCCUCCGGGUCUCCGGACAAGCAAAGAACUCCUGGCUACCUUGCCCCCCGAACUCCAGCGUGAGAAGAUGAUCUGGAUGGAAGGCUCCAGGCUUUUCUGCAGGCAGUCUUCCGACCCCGAGAACCCCGACUGCAUCAGCAUUGACGUGAGCCUGAGCAAGCCAGAAGUUGCUGAGCUGCCCCCAGAAACUUUUAUGGGGAGGUUGUGCCGCUGUGCCAUGUGUGACGACUGGAAACGCAUCGUCCUUCUGUCGGCCUUGAUCAUUAUUCUCUUUUGCAUCAUCCUGUGGCCGGUUCAGUGUGUCCUAAAAACGGGCAACCUUCGUUGCUUUGCCAGGACAUACACGAUCACCAAGCCAUAUAUUCCAUAUCAUCCGACAACCAGCGCAGCACCAACAACGGCAGCCUUUGAGCCAAUAUGGUGACAAUCCUAGGAGUCGACCUCUUCUUGGAGGGGCGCUAGCCCAUCCUAGAACUUUACCCGGCACACACUGACACUUUGUGUUGCUCCUCUGGGUUUUUACUUGAAAUAUUCUUACUGCUCUCUAUGCACUUUUAACAGCUCCGUAAAACACUGCUAUGCUAAAUCUUGACAGCUGUCACGCAUACCCUUUAUUUAUUGAUGUAUUAAUGCCAGUGGCCACAUAGAGCAUGGCCAGGAAGGGGGGGCACCUUUUAUAAGGUAAUACUCCAACCAGGUGGCUUUCCUUAGGAUGCCGGCCAGAGGAACCAACCUGCCGCAACUGCUGGAAAUCAAGAACUAAAUAAUAAGCAGGUGGUUCGAACUUGUAUGACGUUGUGCCUUGACGUAUUGCGGUGACAAUAAAAAAAAAUCAAAGGACCUUGUGCCAAAGACUGAAUCCACCGUGCACAAUACGUGUGUUCCAUUCUCUAUAAAGACAAUAUUUAAUUUUAUAUGUGAUAUUAAAACAUUUCAAUUUUAUAGA